UCUGCUUGUAGCCUGGAAGACAGCUGUGUGAGCAGGAGUGGAGUACAUAUGAAGCCAACAAGCUGUCUUCAAAGCGGAAAAAACCACUCCAUCUUAGUGUCACUUCUCAGGACGUCCAGAUUUCAGAAGGUAGCAAAGCAACCGACACCAACGACAGCCGUCGUGACACGCAAUGAAAAAGAAGUGCAGGCAAGAAAGGAUGAGGACAGCAGGUUUGAGGGUGACGGGAUGCAGGCCUGGGACAACACGCACUGCUAUCGUGUUGUAUCAGUUACAGCUGACCACCAGUCAGGUGGGUCUGCGGGACAUUUUAGAUCACGGAGGGGCAGCCAGCUCACUCAGCGCCUCCAGCCUGCUCCUAGACUCCAGUCCCAGGCCCAGCAGAGGCCUUGUCCCAGGCAGGGCAGAGAGACACCUGGCCAAACCACAGAAACACUUCCAGCUGCAGACUGCCUGAUGCUCACCACGGAGAGAAUUCAGGCCAAAGCGCAGAAAGCAGGGAGAAGAAAGAAGAGGAAAAGAGAGGGAGAAAGUGAGCUGUAUGAUGGUGAGCUGACUGCAGGGUAUCGGCCUGACAGAGAGGAAAAAGCACCCUCUGUGCAUGGCUUGGGAUUGGCCCAGAUGAUCGGAGUGAACCUUUGCCCGGGUGAAGAGUACUCAGCAUCACUCGGCCUGGAGCCCUUACAAGCAGGCCCUCGCCUCGCCCCAUCUCCCUUGCACCUUUCACCUUCCCCCCAACCAUCCUGA